AUGAGAGAUGCUGCAGUGGUGUGUAGAGAGCUGGACUGUGGGGAGGCUGUAGAUGCAGUACAUAAUGCUCACUUUGGACCAGGAUCAGGACCAAUCUGGAUGGAUAAUGUGACCUGUAGUGGAUCAGAGUCUACACUGAAGAACUGUAGAUCAGCAGGGUGGGGUAAACAUAACUGUAAUCAAACUAACAAUGUUGGGAUCAUCUGCUCAGCUCACAGGAAAUCCAGACUUACCAACGGUCCUCACCUGUGCUCUGGGAGAGUGGAGGUGCUUCAUGGAGAGACCUGGACCACAGUGUGUGAUGCUGACUUUGACCAGCAGGAUGCAGAGGUUGUGUGUAGAGAACUGGACUGUGGGCUUCCUGUGGAGGUGCUGGGAGCAGCUGCUUUUGGCAGAGGGGAGGGCCAGGUGUGGACAGAGGAGCUUCAGUGUCGAGGCAACGAAUCUGAUAUUUACUCCUGUCCAAUAAUGUCUUCACCCAAACACUGUUCCCAUGAUAAUGAUGUGGGACUAAUAUGUUCAGGUUACACAGCGGCACGUCUGGUUAAUGGCUGGGACUCCUGUUCUGGUCGAGUGGAGCUCCAGUACCUCAGUGACUGGGGUUCAGUUUGUGGUGAUAGCUGGGAUAUGAGAGCUGCCAGUGUCCUCUGUGGACAGCUGAAGUGUGGGAGUGCUUUGGCUGUGUUUGGGGCGGACUGGUUUGGGGAGGGGACUGGCCACAUCUGGGCUGAUGUGUUUGAUUGUCAUGGGAACGAGACACACCUAUCAGAAUGUCCCAUCUCAUCAUGGAGUCCAGUAGCAUGCUCUCAUAAACAGGAUGCUGGAGUCAUCUGCAAAGAUUCCUCUCAGGCCUUUCAUGAGGGGCGAGUGAGGUUGUCUGGAGGGAGUGAGUGUGAGGGGCAGGUUGAGGUUUACUUCAUCCAGGACUGGAGGAGAGUUCUCCUGGACUCCUGGAGCGUGUCUGAGGCCUCAGUGAUCUGCAGACAGCUGGGUUGUGGUUCUGUGUUGAACUUCUCCAGCUCCUCUCCAUCCAGUGCUGAACAACACAGCCACAUCUGUGUGACGGGUUUCAAUUGUUCUGGGAGUGAAGCUCAUCUGGGGAACUGCAGUAGUGCAAACCUCCUCAACCUCUCCUGCAGCUCCAGGGAACAGCUGUCAAUCACCUGCUCUGGUGUGUUUAACUCAGCCCACAGCUCCAUCAGACUGCUUGGUUCUGGGGGAGACUGUGCAGGAAGGCUGGAGGUUUUCCACAAUGGCUCUUGGGGGACAGUGUGUGAUGAUUUAUGGGAUAUUGAGGAUGCUCAGGUGGUGUGCAGGCAGCUGCAGUGUGGAGUGGCCUUCAGUGCCCACGUACCAGCCUGGUUUGGUCCUGGAACUGGGCCCAUAUGGCUGAAUCAGGUGCAGUGUGAGGGGAAUGAGACAUCCCUGUGGAACUGUAGGUAUCAACUCUGUGGAGAAGAUGAGUGUGGACAUCAAGAGGAUGUAGGAGUGGUGUGCUCAGAAUUCAAAGAAAUGAGACUCAGUGAGGGUUGUAAAGGGAAUCUGGAAGUGUUCUACAAUGGAACCUGGGGGAAUGUGUGUGUGAAUGGGAUGAGUGAAGAAACAGUAAGUUUGGUCUGUCGAGAGCUGAACUGUGGAAGAACAGGCAGUGAGUCCCAAUCCAGAGCAAGAGUGGAAUCAUCUCCUAACUGGCUGGAUCAGGUGAAAUGUAGGAAACAUGACUCCACUCUGUGGCACUGCCCAUCUGAACCCUGGGGUAAUAACAGCUGUGAAAAUCACAAUGAGGUGGCUCAAAUUACUUGUACAGGAGAGAGAAAUGAUCGUCUGCAGCAAAGUCAUGUGAAAUGCUCCUCCUCUUCCUCCCAGAGCCAGUGCUCCAAUCACCUGCCUCUCAGGCUGAGGGGAGCAGAGGGAAGCUGCUCUGGGAGGCUGGAGGUUUACCAUGAAGCUGCGUGGGGCUCCAUCUGUGAUGAUCAGUGGGACAUCAGGGAUGCUGAGGUGGUCUGCAGACAGCUGGGCUGUGGGAAGGCACUGAGGGCUGAUGGCAGUGCUGCCUUUGGUGCAGCUGAAGGGGUGAUCUGGCUGAACAGAGUGAAGUGUAGAGGGAAUGAGAUUCACCUGAGGGACUGCAGUUAUUCACUGAAGAACCACACUGACUGCUCCCACAAAGAGGAUGCUGGAGUCAUCUGUGCAGACCCUUAUGUGUCCCCUACUACUGCACCCAGAACAACCACAAGCACCUCCACCUUUACAGAUGUUCAGAAGACAUCCAGUCCUCUACAAACUAAACCAGCAGCUAUUUCCUGCACCACCCCUACAGUGGUCCUGCUGGUACUGGGAGUGCUGCUCUUCCUGGCCUUAGUGCUUCUCUCUGGGCUGGUUUACCAGAACAGAGUGCUCAGGAGAGUGAUCUCUAAGAGGAGGCGUAAGACUCUGUCUGAGGCAGUAUACGAGGAGAUUGACCGCAGAUACAUCAAUAAAAGAACCCGUGUCUCCACUCGAAGGGGAAGUGUCCUUUCUGAAUCCCAGCAUUCAGGAUAUGAGGAUGUGGAUCAGGCGUUUGUCUCAGAAAAGUCUGUGACUGUGGACCAGCCUGAGUAUUACGAUGAUGUCACCACCAUCGGUGACCUCAUAAGUGACAUAGAAAGACAGGACAUACCAGAGAACUACGAUGAUGUCAUCACUGCUGGACCCAGCCCUGAUAUUGUAGCAGAGGACGUAUCUGAGAAUUAUGAUGAUGUCAUUACUGAUGAUCAGAACGCUGCUGUUGUGAGAGAGAAUUAUGAUGAUGUUAUUACCACUGGACCAAACCCAAACAUUACAGCAAUGGCCACACCAGAAGACUGUAAUGAUGCUGCAACAAACCCAAAUUUUACAGAAAUGGACACACCAGAGAACAGUGAUGACAUCAUCACUGCUGGACAGGAUGUAGGAGGUGUAAAUGACUAUGAGGACAUGAAGGAGGAGCCUCAGAAAGAGAUGAAUCACAUGACCAAGAGACCACACCAAGUGCCUUUCCUCAGGAAAUUACAUUUGAACUUCUUCAAACUCAAAAAAUGAUUACUAGCAUUUUUCACAAUAUGGAACAUUUUAUACGACAUUGUUUAUUUCAGCUUUCAGCUGGAAUC